GUACCAGCAAGCAUUUGCGAUAUCUGGUGAUUCCUCGUCCAAUCGAGGUGUGAAAAUCGUGCAGGAUGUUCGUCGAUCAUCUUCUGAUGGUCCCUGGACUUUUUUUUGGCUUAGAUAGAGGCUUUUUGUGCCUGAACGAUGCAUGGUGCGACCGGUGGAGCCGUGAGGGCGAGCAGGAGCCCGAUGUCGGAGCAGGAUUCUGCGGGCGGCAAAAAAAACCUCCUCGCCAUGCGUCAAUGCUUUGCAGACUCUGGCCAUAUAUGGUUGACGCCCGCAUCGUGCAGGUGUGCCUGGGUUUAGUUCCGCUACUCCCUUUAUCUGGUGCUGUUGCUGCUGUCGCUGAGACUUUGAGGGAUUCGAGACGGGUGCUUGUUCAACACUUUAUAUUCCCAUCCAUCUCACCCUGCUCGAGGAGUCAGCCCUGCCAACCAACCCGUCCCUGAAGAGCAACCAUGUCGACCUUGGACGUGAAAGAUAUCGAGAAUGGACCGGGUCGCCGGGUCGAAGAAGAUGGAGGCAUGUGGGAGAAUGAUAUCGUGAAGACACCUUCCGUGGAGAAGGA